AUGAAGAAGGGAGAUGAUGGAGUCCCCCUGGUACCAAAGGAAAGAAAAGAAUGGGAUGUUGCGGACAAACUCGCCAUUCAAAAUAAUGCCAAAGCUAAAAAGAUCCUAAUUUGCGGCAUAGGAUCACUAGAUGAGUACAAUAGGAUUUCAUCAUGUGAGGAUGCAAAGUCAAUUUGGGAAACUCUACAAACUGCACACGAAGGAACAACUCAGAAUGAUGGAGGGAGAAACAAUUCAAGAUAUACACAGUUCACUGCAAUCAUCAAUGAGAUUUACUUGUUAGGAGAAGUAAUCCCAAACAAAAAGGCUGUUAGAAAGCUCUUAAGUGUUCUACCAGAAUCGUGGAAAAGUAAAGUAGAAGCCAUCACUGAAGCACGUGAUCUAGACAAAUUGGCUAUGGAUGAUCUUAUUGAAAAUCUCAUCACAUAUGAAUUAUAG